CGAGAAUAUCUUCACCGGCUUUGCCUUGCCGACGAACCACUAGGAAAGAACCGAGGCUGUCGGAAGUGGUAAAAUGAUUAAUCCGGUGCUAAUUUCAAACCAACAUGAUGAGCUAGUUAACGGACCUAAUAAGUUAACUAGUUAGUUAAUUGGAAUCAACUCAAAAACAACCUAAACGCCGACCACAGGUACUACGUCUGCGAACCGUCUAUAGACCGUGUCUGACAGCGUUGCAUGGAGUUACGUAUCUUCCCCGCUGCGUUCUCAGCUACUAUCAGGUCCUCUAUUUAAGAUGGAGGAACUGCAAGCUAGACACCGAAAAGAAUUGAAGGACCUACAGGGCCGCAUCACUCAAAAGAAGAAGUCCGCUACGAAGAAGACACGCAAGGGUAUUAAUGAUGAGUGCGAGCAUCUCCAGCGUGAAUUGCUUGACAAGCAACAUGCUGAAAUAUCCACCCUCCUUCGUGAGACGGAGCCACUCACCGAAGAUCUUGACAACCUCAAGCUAGCCAAUGGUGCGGGGCACUCAGAGGUUCCCACGACGGACGAUAACAACAGCUCGAAUCACUCAACUCCUCUUAUUCCCACCUCCGAUACUCAGGCCACCUCAUCAGAAAUGCCCAAAGACACGCCUAAAAAGAAACCAAAUCGUCAAAAAGCCCGGUUAGCCCGGCGCGCAGCUGAACAGGAGGCUGAAGCUGCUAGAGCUGCAGAGGAGGCGGCCAAUCAGACAGAUCAUAGGGGCAACGAGAGGAAGAACAUGGAUGCAGUAUUCUCUCGCCUUGGGCUAAAAGAGACGGAAAUUCGCCCUGACGGACAUUGUCUCUAUGCCGCUGUUGCUACUCAACUUGGGGACAAGGGUAUCCCUCUAAGCGCGUCUCCGUCAACUAAGGAAGGGUCAGGCCCCAAAUGCGGGUAUCAAACCGUUAGAGAUACGACGGCCAGAUAUAUUACAAACCACGCAGACGAUUUUGCGCCAUUUAUCGAAGAACCCUUGCCUACGUACGUUCACAAAAUAAGAGCCACUGCAGAAUGGGGAGGUCAGCUGGAACUACAGGCUAUUGCCCAAGCAUACAAUGUCCAUGUUAAUGUUGUCCAAGGAGAUGGACGAAUCGAGAAAUUUGAACCCCAAAAUAACAACAAGGAAGACAACAAAACAAUAUGGCUCGCCUAUUAUCGACACACGUAUGGAUUGGGGGAACAUUACAACGCCCUAGCAAAAGCUUCUUGAAGAUCAGAGUAUUUAAUUUGGAAAUUAUACAGAGGGGAGUUUCCGAAUAACGCCGAACAAAUGACGGCAUCAGGCCGACAAUUCCACAAACCCCUUUUUCCAUAUUAAUCUCGGCGACGCCAAAUUGCUACCCAGUCCUGGACAUUUCCAUUAUCGUCUUUACCGACCUCGUGUGUCCUCUCUGGUUGCCAAUGGGCGACGCGCUCCAGUCCAGCAGGACUCGCCUCUUUCAACGGAUCCGUUUUAAUAUGGCCGUUUUCAUACGGAAUAUCCUCCCCAGGAUGGCUAAGAUGUUCCAUGUAAGCUGCGGGAGGGGAUGCGAACGGAGGCCCUGCUGCUGCUGGGUCCUUCGCAGCAGGGAACUCGAGACAGAUUAGGUUUCCAUUUGGCGACGGCGCCAGCAACUGGGUCAUACGGGCGGCCCAUCGCGGGCGAAGGGCCGGGUUCAAUGCACAAAAGAACUAAAGGACAGAAUGAAUAAUAUCAGUUUCCAUAUGUUAGACAGGGUUUCGUUAUCAACUCAAAUGAUCUACUAUCCAAGCAUAUCCUUAUAUUAUAGCGUUCAUAACAUGGGAUAAAAGAAGUGCCUGCAGGGGGUAAUAAUUAUCUUACCGUAUAAUCGUAAAUGAGAUCAAACCCUCCCUCCUUAACACCAAUCGUCUCCAACCAGUCAUUCUUAAAAAAGUCCCCUUGAACAAACGUAAUUUUCCCUUUACCUAUGCGCUGAUCCUGCACUGGAAUAUUAUCCCCAACCCUAGCAGCUUCCUGGCGGCAAAUCUCCACAGCAGUCUCACUGUAUUCUAACCCGUACGCAUCAUAUCCAAACCCUGCCAGCAGGAAAACAUCAAAACCCCGCCCGCAUCCGGGAACAAGAGCUCUUUUCCUCCUCCUGCCGUUACUCUCUGCUCCCCGCGGUGCUGCCGUUACCUCGUCAUCUUGAAGUGCAG